AUGGAGACUCUGUGCCCCGCUCCCCGCCUCGCAGUGCCGGCGUCCCCGCGAGGGUCGCCCUGCUCCCCAACACCCAGGAAGCCUCGUCUGGGGACCCAGGAGUUCUCUCCGCUGUGUCUGCGUGCCCUUGCCUUCUGCGCCCUUGCCAAACCCCGGGCGUCCUCUUUGGGCCUGGGGCCUGGGGAGCCGGCGCCUCGGGCUCCGUUGCUGCUGGGCCCUCGCGACCCCCUGUGCACCGGCGGCCGGGCCCCGGAUGGCCUGAAACACCUCGCGGGACAGGCCGGGUGGUCCAGCGUUCCGAGCUCCCCGGCCGGCCAGGAUGCCGACGCCGCAGUGUGCCGGGGCCGCGGUGAGGAGGAAGAGGGCGGAGGCAGUUUCCCGCACUUCGGCGCUCGAUCCGGCCUUCCUCCGGGCCGCUGCCCGGCGCCCCGGAGCCCACGGGAAUCUCCGGCCAGCUCCGCCUCGGCUCCGCCUAGGCCAGCCCUGGGUCUCGAUUCUCAGCCUGGCCCUGCCGCCGCCAGCCCGCAUCAGGAGCCGGAUUCCCGGCCUUCGCCGCCACCUGCGGGCCUCUCCAUCGAGCCCACGGGGCCCGGGGCCGCGCCGGAGCCGCCUCUGUCCGGCCAGACGGCCGCAGUCGAUGGAACCCCUCCGCAGGCGGCCCCCGAGGCACCCGCCGCUAGCCCCUCGACGGCCAGCGGAGCUGCGGCCGCGCCCGGCAACCUCCGCCAGGAACAUUUCGAUCGUCUGAUCCGCCGGUCGAAACUUUGGUGUUAUGCAAAGGGCUUCGCCCUCGACACUCCAAGUUUGCGCAGGGGGCCCGAGCGGCCGCCGGCAAAAGGACCCGCCCGGGGAGCCACCAAGAAACGCCGACGGCCGGCGCCCCCACACCGCGGCGCACAGCCCCGCCGCCCACCACCGACGCUCCCCACGACCAGCACCUUCAGCCUUCUCGACUGCUUCCCUUGCCCACCGGCCCUGGUCGUGGGAGAGGACGGAGACCUGGGGCCCGCAUCCUCGCUUCGCCUCCAGGGAACCUCCAAGCCCCCGCCUGCCCACCCACUAUGGAGGUGGCAGAUGGGGGGUCCCGCAGUCCCUGAGCCCCCCGGCGUCAAAUUCUGGGGGAUCAACCUGGAGGAACCCUGA